CGCACGGCACCCGGAAGUGGUUGUGUGAGCAGGAGAAUCGAGAGUGGAGCAGAUCAAAAUAUAUUAUUUUUCCCUUGGUGAAUGCAACAAGUUAGACUAUAUGUGUGGUCACAAAAGGAGUAAGAAUGACAGAUGACAAAGAUGUACUCCGCGAUGUGUGGUAUGGGAGAAUACCAAGCUGCUUCACAUUAUACCAAGAUGAACUGACCGAACGGGAUGCUGAACCCUAUUAUGUAAGUGACAUGAGGCUGCUUUUACCUCGAGUAAGCUACCUGACGCUGGUUACUGACAAAGUUAAAAAACACUUUCAGAAGGUUAUGAGGACAGAAGAUAUAAGUGAAAUUUGGUUUGAAUUUGAAGGAAUCCCUCUCAAGUGGCAUUGUCCAAUUGGUUUGCUUUUUGACUUGCAUGCAUCAAACACCUCUCUUCCUUGGAGCAUUACUGUGCACUUUAAGAAUUUUCCAGCAAGUGACCUUCUGCACUGCCAAUCUAAAGACGUAAUAGAAGCACAUUUCAUGUCAUCUGUGAAGGAAGCGGAUGUGUUAAAGCACAAAAGUCAAGUCAUCAACGAGAUGCAAAAGAAAGACCACAAACAACUCUGGAUGGGUUUACAGAAUGAUAAAUUUGAUCAAUUUUGGGCUAUAAAUCGAAAACUCAUGGAGUACUCCGCGGAAGAUGCAGGAUUUCGGUAUAUCCCAUUUAGAAUAUACCAGGCAAAUAGCGAUCGACCUUUUGUGCAGAAGUUAUUUCGACCAGUUGCUGCUGAUGGCCAGCCUCAUACACUUGGUGAUCUUAUUAAAGACAUUUGCCCCGAAGCAAUCACACCUGAAGAUGGUGAGAAGAAAUAUCAAGUGAUGAUACAUGGCAUAGAACCAAUGCUGGAGACUCCGUUGCAGUGGUUAAGUGAACAUCUCAGCUACCCUGACAAUUUCCUUCACAUAAGCAUCAUUCCGUAUCCUGCUGACUGAAACACCUGCUGUGCUCAGUGCAGAGAGACAGUCACUCCUGGACUAAACUUUCAGGCUUGUGUGCGAAUUCCUCAGAAGAACCCUGACCUAAAGAACAAGAAGACAUAUGUUUCUGACUUUCUGGCAUUGCUUGGGAUUAUGGAUGCUGGUUGCCUUCACUUUUUGCAGCAGACCACGGCAGAGUCCAUGGAGAGCCCACUUGCUGCAUUUGGUGUUCCAGAAACAUUUCCAGACCUGGGAAAACCGUGACAUUAUGUACUUCUCAGUUGCUAGUUUAUUUUCAUUUGUUUGACCAGAACUAAACUAUAUUGAAAACAGUGAGGUGAAUUUUAAUGGUUUCACUUUACAAACGACUAAACGUGUACAAUGUAUACAUAUUAUCUGUCACACACCUCUAGCAGUGUAUUGUGUACAUGAUACAGUUUAGAUAAACCUGUUAUGAGAUUUCCCAGUUCUUGUUUACAAUAUGUUGUGUGUGCAAGGAAAAUCUAGUAGACAAGACAUGAGCAUUGCAUAAAAUAUCACACAUAUGCUGAGACAUUGGUGUCUUAUCAUAUUUACCUAACACAAAUGCUCAUGGCAUAUUUAAUUUAAAGAAAAAUACAUUUUAAUUAAAAGAAUUCUUAGGUAAUUUGAAAAAUAUAUAUAUUGACGUUUUUCCUUAUUACAAUUUAUGAAAAUUAGACAUUAGCUUUAUUAAAUAUAUAAAUAUUUUUCUUCUGCAUAAAAA